UGUCGAGUUAGCCAAGACUGCUGACUAAAGACUAGGCUAUUUGCUGAAUGCAAAUCCCGGAGGGGGUUUCUAUCCACCCUCCCCCUAUUUUUAUACGAUGGUGGCAAGUGUCUGUGUACGUCGGAGGGUUAAGUCCUCUUAUUUAGCGGUUGCCGGUGUUGGACCAUUUAAUACUUUAUUAUCGUUUGGGUAUACCUUUCCCAAAUUCAAAGCGUUGAUAACAGUAGUCAAUUUCGAAGCUGUUUUUGAUUAGAUUGCAGAUGUGAACGAAAGUAACUUCAUGAAUGCGUCAGAGGAAAUGGCUACUUCAGCGGAGGCACGCGACUUCACCAAUUCCAAAGCUUUUUUCGAUUUGUUCAAAGAUCUGUUCCACGCUGUAACAACCAUACUAACGCCACUCACUCACCAAAAUGCUGACAUAGCUCUUCAGUACUGUAAGCACUUCAUCGAAACUGUACUUUUCUCUUCUAUUUUUGGUCGGACGCAGCCAUUUUGCGAGCCUAAGUUGGCAGGUGACCGAAACUCUCUGGCGGAUAAAGCAUUGGAAUUCCUACGUCAGGCUCCUAAAAACACUACAGCCUACAAUACUGGUGCCAAUCUAAGAUAUCAACGUGUCCGGGAUCUGACAACAGAGCCCAACGUAGUAGAUAACUUCAAACCAGUUGCCCCAACAUUCACCAUAGCAAGGGAAAAACUGAUUGUUAAGUUAAAUACGGCUCCACGUAUACCACCAGAGGUGAUUAAACCUACCUCAAAAGUUACCAACAAAAGCAACAAUGUGACUAUAAGAAACGAGACAAGCCCAAGCAAGAAUAUAACUAAAAAUGAAAACUUGACUAAGGAGCUCACCAAUCAAGAAAUAAAGGACGCCCUGAGAGCUAAUAACUGCACAAGUGUGGCGUUUGACGAGGGGACGGGUGUGUUCGUUUAUAACCAAGAUAUGUCAAAGGAAUCUAUCAGGCACGAGAAAAUUCAAAGCAACAUGGAGCUAGUGCUGUUAUGUAUUUCAAUAUCAGCUGUUAUUCUGGCGCUCAUACUGCUGACAGCAUUGAGGCUAAAAACGUCAGAGAGGCUGUUUAUACACAAGAAUCUCCUCUUGUCCCUGGGCCUUGGAAAUCUCGUAUAUGUUUUGGACAAAAGCUUGUUUGCUUCAAGACGGGAUCAUGUGGCCCUAUGUUCGACAGUGACAGUCGUUCAGUUCUUCUUUCACACUGCACUGUUCGCGUGGAUGCUUGUAGAAGGAAUAAACCUGUACAUCAAGCUGGUUAAAGUCUUCUCAGUGAAAAGACAGUACGUUGCAUACUUGGUUAUAGGAUGGGGAUUUCCGGCAGUCAUAGUUGGAUUAAUAGCAGCUAUAAGACCCAGUACCUUUGAUAUGGGAAAGGCUCCAUAUAAGGACAUCACGUGUGGCUCAUUAAACUUUACUGCUGAGAUACAGCGCACCAGAUGCUGGAUAAACGGAAGUCUAUGGAUUUAUAAAGGACCCAUUCUAGUCAUACUUGUGGCAAAUAUGAUGUUGUUUGCGAUUCUUCUCCGUGUAAUCUUUGGGAAAAUAGCUAGCAAAUACAGCAACGACCACUUGAAAGUCACCAAGAGAGGUCUAAGAAGCAUUGUCGCCCUACUCCCCUUAUUGGGUGUCACAUAUGUAGUGGGCUUUUUUAUCGAGUUCCAUCUUGCUUUGGGAUACGUUUUCAUUUUGCUCAACUCCACACAGGGAGUUGUGUUUUUCAUCUUUCAUUGUGUCCUUGAUGACCAGGUAACAUAAGUCAAUGGUGUGCACGGGGGGACUCAUGUUUCGGGGUUAAGGAAGGAUGCCAUCGUCAUCCUGAGAGUUUUUCUUCAGAAUUUUGAAAAGACUAUUUACUACGCAAUGUUGAAAUUUUUAAUACCUGUUCAUUCAUCCCUCAGCGAAAUUUUGUGGUGUCAGCUGGUUCUCUGCCCCACUUAAUGUUACCAUUUUAAAGAGGAGAAAUUACAAUAAGCAAUAACCAAAGUUUCUUCAACUGAAAUAAUGAUUCUGACAGCAAACUUUCACAGAAAUCUUUUCUAGACUUCAUACCAACAAAAGGGAGGUUAUUUAAAAACUCUUAACCAACGUCAUAACACAAUUUGAACCAUCACUAUCACUUUCGCUGAUCAACAAAUUCACCAGAAGUUGAAGUUGAGUUAUUUGAACUAACAGUUCCAUUUUUAGCACAACACUCGCAGUUACGUAACAGAUUAUCCUAGAGAUUUCAAACGAUAUAUGCACCUGAAAAACAGCGGAAUUGAGAUGGGAAGUUUAACAGAUGAUCAACCAACCCCAGUUUGCAUAAUCUGAUUCAUCACUACAACCCCGUAACUUGCUCACGCAAUCACGAGUUGAAAAUUGAUUCAAGAUGGCCAAAUAAAGAGGGGAAUACUGUAAAGAAACACCUUUUUGUUUUUUCAGAAACAAUGCCGCUGUCGUCGAACCUUUCAACCAAUCGUGCUCACCUAAUAUAAAAUGCACAGGAAAACGAAACAAGUACUAAUUCAUAUUUCAAUGUCUUUAAGCUUCGCGAUGCUACUCGGAAGUUGUUUGCAAAACCCAGAGCAGAUUCUAAGACAAGAACAACACCAGCCUCCAAUCCCAAUACAACACCUGUUAUGGAAAGAAUCUCCAGAGUCAACAUUCUACAUGAUUCUGAGGACGGAAAGGAGACGAAUGGUGUGACAAUGAAGAAUAGCACACAGAGUGAAACUUCAUUUUAGAGAGA